UGAGUGCAUGGUCGCCUCAUCCCUCCAUAUUAAACGGCAAAGACAACACAGGAGGACAAAAGCAGUGGAGUCCAUGAGCCAGCAUGCUGAUAGACUUCCCCCGUUCCCCACGCCUGUCUCUAAUCUGCAUGCAGACAACUUCUAUGUGGAUAUUUGGAUUUCCUCACCAUAGCAACAGAGCUGCAAAACCGUGCUGUACAACCUCUCAUCAGACACAGUCGUGUCUUGGCAUCGCACGGCACGCGGGAGCCAGGCGAAAGGGAGAUAAGAAGAGGAAAGAGAAGGGAAGAGCACACCGCUGCCCUGCACCUAAUUCUCUGUGGGAAUUCUCCUCAUUAGGACCAUGACAGCUCAGUUACAACGGCUCCAAAGUGCCAAGGGUCAUGAUAACAGCCGGCGGUCAAGCAUUAAUUCCUGCGCUCAGCUGAGAGACAAAUGGAGGGAUGCAAAAAUGUCAUUCUUUGCUCACCAUGACAGAGCCUCUCUAUGCUGAAUCCUUUUGUGUCGGACUUCGAUCAAGCGCGGGUUAAUUGCGAGAGAGCGGCUGGAAGAUUACCCCCCCCCCCCCCCCCCCCCCCCCCACCUCCUCUUCCACGUUGCCAAUCUGUCCGUGCUUCUGAUUUUCCACUCAUUCUGCCUCUCUGGUCUCUGUUUACCUCUGUCUGCCGAUUUCUCCACCCCUUUCUCUCAGUCUCUCAUGCUUUCGUGCUCCCUCCCACAGCUCGCUAUCUCUCCUCCCCUCGUGCCUUCAAAGCCAGCAGUCUGCUCAUCACUCCAGGGCUGCUUGCUACAUGAUCUCUUGGAAAACAGCGUCCUCGUCUUGCUCGAGCUGCUUUAUGUGCAAGCCUUAUUUCUUGCCCAGGACUGCAGGAUGCUCCUGCGCUGGCACUGAUUCCUCUAUUUCUCUUCUCGAUUUCCCCUUCCCCUCCCCUUUCCUAAUCUCCUGCCCUCUGACCCUGAUCCCCUUCACCCCAGAACCCUAUUCCCUCUCUUUUCCCCUUCUUUCUUGACCAUGUUGCCAUGUGUCUACCGGCUCCAGCCUGUCCUUGCCUUGCUCUCCUUCACUUUGUUGACUCAAGGGGAUAAUUGCCCAGCCACCUGCCUUUGCCCAGACCCUCACACUGUGGACUGUAGCGGCCGCGGACUUACCCGUCUUCCGGACGAGAUCCCCUUGGACGUACGGAGGCUACUGUUGGCGGACAACUGGAUCCCACGGAUUCCUUCGGACUUCCUAGUGCUCUACAGUGACCUGGUCUACCUGGACCUCCGCAACAACUCGCUCUCACACUUUGAGCCGGGCACCCUUAGCACUUCUUCCAGGCUGGUUUUCCUGGAUCUCGGCAGCAACAACCUGACCGAGAUCCCCAAAGGGACUUUUGGAGAGUCGAGGAGCCUAAUUAAGUUGCGCUUGGGCAACAACCCGUACCUGAGCAUGGUCAAUGAAGAUGCUUUCAUGGGUCUUACCUCCUUGCGUGAACUAGAACUAGAACGCAAUGCCCUUUCCGGUCUACAGGUGAGUGCCCUGAGCCAGCUGCCCUCCCUCCGGGUGGUUAGGUUAGAGGGCAACCCUUGGGUGUGCAACUGCAACUUUGCCAACCUAUUUACCUGGCUGGUGGAAAACAGUCACAAGCUUCCCAAUGGUAUAGAGGGAAUGGAGUGCUCUUUGCCCACCGAUGGACGCCGUGUGCCUCUCAGCCAGCUCUCCCAGGACAGUUUUCGGGAGUGCCAGAUCACCCUCACCCUCACCGAUUUCUUCAUCAUCAUCUUCUCGGGCAUCUCCGUCUCGGUGGCUGCCAUCAUGGCCAGCUUCUUCCUGGCAUCCACCGUCCACUGUUUUCAGCGCUGGAGCAAGGGCACUAAAGGGGACGAGGAGGAGAGUGAAGAAUGAGGAGGGAGCCGAACGACCUUCAGUAUGAUUCAGAGCUGCCAGUUCUUGACAGAGUUCAAACAAACAGCGUGACUGAACAGAUACCAGGUAGAACUUGAGCAGAAAUAGCCUGAUUGAUAGUGGCUAGUACGGAUGCAGUCCCCUCAGAAUUAAAGGAUUUUGGGUAUGAAAGUAAGCCUUAGUAU